AUGGCCUCUGAAAAUGAAACGCUUGGAGGAAGAACCAAAAGCAGAAAAAACAAAGGUCCAAAGAAACAACCUCAGAGAGGCGUAGGUGUUGAACAGUUAGAGAGAUUGAGAGCUCAAGAACAGUUGAACAAAAUGGCUGAAGCUUCUGGUGUAUUCAACAUUGAUCAUCCUCAUCAUCAUCAUCAUCAUCAUCAUCCUCAACAGCAACAACACCAAGUUCUUUUGCGGUAUGGUGCAUUAUCUUCAACUUCACCAUUUCAGUUUCCUCAACAACAACAAAUGAUGAUCAAUGAAAACAUCAUCAUCAACAACGAUACUAGUACUAUUGUUGGUGCUUCUGCUUUUGGUCCUUACAAAAACGGGUUUGGUCUUGGAACAUGUUCUAACGUUGCUUCAGCUUGGGUUUUACCUAAUAAUCAACAUAACAACAACAAACCAACCCAUUUUGGAUCUGGAUCGUCACUUUUUCGAAACCCUCUCGAGCCUUCUAAAGAUCUCUCUUCAAUGCAAAAUCUCAAUUCUCAAUCCUUUGAUCUUUGCCUCAAGAAAACACGUUUCAAUGAAGAAGAAAAUGUAAUGAGAGGUUCAAUCUGGAAUGGCAAAGAUAUUCUGGAAUAUAAGUUUUUUCCUAGAAAAGAUGAAAGAGACACAGUUUCCAAGGAGCAAGAAUUUCCAACAAUUGAUUUUGGGUUUGGUGAAGCUUCUUCAUCUUCAUCUAUCACUGUUAAUACAAACUAUGGUGGAGGAGAUUCUACAAAUGGUUAUGAUUCCAUUGAUUUAUCUUUGAAGCUUUGA